CCUCUCAUCCCACCCCACCCACAGAAGCCCGUGGCACGUCCGCUGGAGAGAGAUGCGUCCACCGUGUUGGCCCGGAAGCUUGGCCACUUGUUUAUCAAUUUAAUAAUAAUCCUAUUUAUGUAAUUUUAUUUAUUUAGUGAGAUUACGCGGUGUGAAGUCCGGGCCAAGUCGUUAAACUGUUAAUCUGCCUGGCUUUGACACAAGAAUCCAAGUUGAAAGCGGACUUUCUUGGACAGUCACCCGGCCGGUACAGCUGCUGCUUGUUGGAAGACAUGAAUCCGAGCUGUGUAGCCAUCCCGUUAGCGGUGGGCUAAUAUCACACACAAGGACAACAAGAGCCAAAUGUCAGGUGUUAUAUCCAGCUAAGUCAGUAGUGACCUGCAGUGAGAAGACAAGAAACGCAUCUGAUGGACACCCAGUUGUCUCACUCUCCUCAUGUGUUACCGUUAAUUAACAUGUCGAAUCAGCACCAGCCGGUUUUCCCGAUCCAACAGCAGCCCAACCUGAACUCUGCUCCUUUCCCACAGUUUUUCGCGAAACCUUUUAACAGUCCUCUUCAAAUGAGAAGGAGUGUAAUAACAGACGAUUAUCGUGUAACAAGUCAGGUGCUCGGGAUGGGGAUAAAUGGCAGAGUAUUGGAAAUAUUUCACAAAGAGAGUGGAGAAAAGUAUGCACUAAAGAUGCUGCAGGAUAGUCCGGAGGCCAGACGAGAGGUGGAGCUCCACUGGAGGGUGUCACCAUGCCCCCACAUUGUGCCCAUCAUAGACGUUUAUGAGAAUCUCUACCAGGGCAAGAAGUGCCUCCUCGUUGUGAUGGAGUGCAUGGAUGGGGGUGAAUUAUUCAGUCAUAUCCAAGACAGAGGGAAUCAUGCAUUUACAGAAAGAGAGGCCUCAGACAUCAUGAAAAGUGUAGGAGAAGCCAUACUUUUCUUGCAUUCCAUCAAUAUUGCUCACAGAGACAUCAAGCCAGAAAACCUGCUGUACACCUCCAAAAGACCAGAUGCCCUCCUCAAACUGACUGAUUUUGGGUUUGCCAAAGAAAUCACCACUUUAAACUCACUGGCAACACCAUGUUUUACCCCCUACUAUGUUGCUCCAGAAGUUCUUGGUCCAGAGAAGUAUGACAGAUCCUGUGACAUGUGGUCUCUGGGUGUCAUUAUGUAUAUUCUACUUUGUGGAUAUCCUCCUUUUUUCUCACAUCAUGGUCUCGCAAUAUCCCCAGGGAUGAAAAGACGGAUAUGUAACGGACAGUAUGAGUUCCCCAACCCAGAGUGGUCGGAUGUGUCUGAGGAAGCCAAACAGCUGAUCUGUCGUUUACUGAAAACUGAGCCCACCCAGAGAAUGAGCAUCACAGAGUUCAUAAACCAUCCGUGGAUUAAUCAGUCUGUAGAAGUCCCUCAAACGCCUCUUCACACCAGCAGGGUGUUGCACGAGGAACAAGAAGUCUGGGAGAAGGUUAAGGAGGAAAUGACAAAUGCCCUGCAAACGAUGAGAGUGGAUUACAGUCAAAUUAAAAUCAAAACUAUUGAAGACUCAACUAAUCCUCUCCUCUUGAAGAGAAGAAAGAAAAGUAAAAACUCAGCCACACAACCUCCAGGCUAGUGAAAUAAAGAGGUAUUUCAUUUCACACAGACACAAACACACACACAUGCAUAACAUUUUUUCUUUGUAAAAAAGCUUUCAAGAAGAGCUUCAGAGAAACUGGAAAUUGUUUGUUUUGAAUAUGUCUUAGCUGUUUUUAUUUUCCCCUGUUAACGUGCAUGAUUUUAUUCUCAAAAUCUGAAACCAUGAAAUGCAUCUUGAUAUUUUGGUACAUGUGCUUUAAAGUCUCUUUCAAUGCAAAUGUCCUGUAUGUGCACUAAGGCUUCUUACAUCCUGUCACUAUCAUACUGUAUAUGUUCUGUUUAUUAUGAGAGUUUUUAAUAUUUGGAUGUACAUACUCAGUAUGACAUUUGAAAAAGUUUUGUUGGCAACUCAUAGAUUAUUUUCAGGCUGUUACUUGAGCUGCUAGUCUGUUCUCAGCAUUGAAAACCAUUUAAACAGACUUUUUGCCUUCAGGGUCUUGUUUAGAGAGUUUGCCAGUGUCAUUCAUAUUUGUAUUUGUCUAUUAAAUGACCCAUCACCAGAAACCAGAACUUUUGUUUUGAAUGCUGACAUAACACCAGAAGCAUUUCUCCUUGCUGGGAAAAAAGGGACUUUUCUUACCACUUUACUUACCAUGUGUAGCAACAAUCACGCUUGCGAGACAGUUGAGACAGUUAAUACUUAAAUUUGAUUGACAAAACAGUGCUGACCUCUUCAUGCUCCUGUACCAUUCAUUCUCUCCAAAGCAGUAGAGCAUGAAGGUUGUUGUGUGAAAGUCAUGGAAAGAAAAGUGGAUGGCAGUAAACUUUUAGGUCAAGGGAGUAGUGAUGAGAAGUGCAGUGGAAGAAUGUUGCACGUCACUAUUAUCCCGUCUGUCUUCUACUUUAGAUAAAAUCUCUUGAUAUUAUCUGUGGUUUUGCAUGUUGCAAAUAAAUGACUAGCAACACAGUUGUUUCUAAUAAAUAAAGGAUAUUUUUGAAUGGAUAGGAUGAUGGAAAAGUGGCUACAGAUUUUUGACCUGGUGUUCCCUUUAGAUAAAAGCUGUAGAGUUUGCCAUUAGCUCAGCUGCCUUUUGUCUCAUAGGCCUCCUUCACUUAUCAUUACUGCAUUUGCUUUUGAGUGUACAGACCAUAAUGAGGUUCCAAGAAAACACCUGAUUGCACACCGUGAAGUGAUGAAUUGUGCUAAUGGGCUAAUGCAUUUCUGGUCAUGGCUAUGCAAGAAUAAUCAGGACACUGUAAUCUUUCUUGUGCUGAGGACUACAAUCAGGUGUGGAGGGCCAAGUAAUUUAUUCUUAACCAAGUUACACAAUAAAAGAAUAAACAACUAAAAUGUGUCUUCAAGUAAUAGUGGGCCUCUUAAAGUAAGACCUGAGAAUUAGGUGGCAGUCUGCAACCUUUUCAAUGCAGUGAUCACUGGCUUAAAACUUAACAUCAUGCAUCUCUAAAAAAUAUGUUAAAAAUGUUUAGCAUGCUCAGGUUACUUACUGUGUCAAAAACUAAAGUGACAACCAUUGACUUAUAGGUGGGCAUGCCAAUCCCUCCAGCAGUUUAAGAAAUGUACAGCAGAGCCAUAUAUGGCCAAAAAUGCUUUCAUGAAUGUAUUAAUCCACGUAAAACACAAAUAAAGUCCUGUAGAUUGGACACACACACUUAAAAAUCA